CUGGGCAGACAGACAGAGAGACAGUGAGUCGGACGGCCUAAGUGAAGGAGGGGAAUCAAGCUUUGGACAAACCGCUGCACCGCACACUCCAAACAAGAACUGUUGUCUUUUGAGAAAAAAAGGAGUGAAGAAAAGAAAGAGGCAGAGUCAUUGUGGAUCACUUUCAGGGGGAAUAUCCUGCACCACAACUUGUUUGUUUUCUCUUUCUUUCUCGUCUUCCCCCUCCUCUCAGAUCUCGAUGCUUUGCUUUGGGAUUUGUGCUCCAAAUCCAUCAAAUUCCUCUCUUGAUAUUUCCCUUUGUCAUCUGAACCACUUUGAUUUACACAUUUCUUCCAGAACUUUGCAACCCAUCAAACUGAGACAGACGUUUGCAGAAUUUAACUUGGACUAAAAGUUGAAUCCACAGCCGGUUCUGGAAUGAAUUUAACUGAGCCCAGCUUGUCUAGAGAGACUCUUCUGCAUGCCAGCCGGGUGUCUCUCGGGGGCCCCUGGGCGUCCAGGACCCCGAGCCCUGCUUCUGAUUCUGAAAUGGGUUUUGAGCAGAACCUCUCCGGCGACUGCAGUUCUGAUGGCCUUGGAACCGGGAACAUGAGGAGAACAGAACCAAGGAUUUCCCUCACACCCAGUUUAGGGGGACAGGGUCCAGACCUCACCCAGGCAGGAGGUGUGUCGGCAGGCACGGCCGAUGGGAAGGCCGUGGGGGGUGAGCAGAGAAUCCGCAGGCCCAUGAAUGCCUUCAUGGUCUGGGCUAAAGAUGAAAGGAAGCGACUGGCCGUGCAGAAUCCUGACCUGCACAAUGCUGUUCUCAGCAAGAUGCUCGGUCAGUCUUGGAAGUCCCUGAGUGCUACAGACAAGCGGCCGUUUGUGGAGGAAGCGGAACGUCUCCGUGUCCAGCACCUCCAGGAUCACCCGCACUACAAGUACAGGCCUCGCCGCAAAAAGACCACCAAAAAACUCAAGCGGGUUGAACCAGGGCUUCUGCUGCACAGCCUAGCCCAGGGCGGGGCACCAGGCCUUGGAUUAGGUCCUGGUGUCAGCCCCUUGGGUGCAGACAGUAUUUCUGGAGGUUCAACUUAUGGACAUCCAGGUGCCCACCCUGCGCAUCAACAUCACUCCCACCACCUGCUGCCUUCUCUUGGGCACUUCAGAGACCUCCAGGCCCCAGGACACCCAGAGAUGGAGAGCUACGGCCUGCCCACUCCAGAGAUGUCCCCUCUGGAUAUUCUGGAAGAUGGAGCAGGGGAAUCUGUGUUUUUCCCCCAACAUAUGCAAGAGGAGGCAGGGAUGGGAGGUUGGAGUGGGUACCACCACCACCUUCACCAUCACAACCAGCAUUACAGCCAUAAUUACAACAACCACCACAAUUCCAUACAUGGUGCCGCAACAUAUGUUCAGAGUUCAGGAAUGAGUGCCGGUGCAAGUUUAGGCACCAGUAUGAAUUCCAGUUUGAGUCCUGGCAGAAGUUCCAGAGUUGAUUCUAGAAUGAGUGCUGUUGAGUCAAAUAUGAGCUCAAGCAUGAGCUCUGUUACUUCAGUUUUGGCGAGUUCAGUCAACUCUCGGUUAAAUGCUAAUCAUCCCUCAGGUCACCACAUCUCCUUGAGGAGUCCUCUAAAGUGCCCACCACCUCUAUCCGACUCCUCCCCUGUUUCCUACACUCAGCCCGCCAUCAAUCUCCCAGAGCAGAUGAAAUCCCACCAAACGCCACAUCAAGCCAGUGCUCCUGUUAGCUACUUCAGCCAAAUGUAUGGGAGCAGCACCCCGAAUGCUGCAUAUUACAUGCCCUCUCACCUGGGGCAACUUUCACCUCCUCCUGAAACUUCCCCUUCUUCCUGUUCAUCCUCCAUCCCCCCGUCAACCUUCCCUCCCUCUUUGCACUUAGACCCUUCGAAUCCAGAGUCCUCCAGCCAUUUGGGGUCUUCCUCUGAUGAGUUUUGGACCGAAGUGGACAGGCACGAAUUUGACCAGUAUGUUAAUGUCAGAAGGAAUCGAGAGGAGGCCUACGGACAUGGUGGGGGCUGUGGGGGGGUAUCCAAAGUAGUGAGUGGACGCAGUAGCAGUAGUGUAGGUAGUAGCAUGAAUAGCAGUGUUAGCAGUAUUAUUAACAGGGAUGUCAGUAGCAUUUUGAAUGGUGCUGGUGGGUGUGAUGAAGCGAGCAGCCCUCUUAUAUCUGCGCUUUCUGAUGCCAGCAGUGCUGUCUAUUACAGUGCCUGUAUCACUGGAUAAAUUAUCUCUUAUAUGUACCUCCUUGCAUAUAGCACAGUUAGGUUUGGUUCAUUUGAAGCACUGUUACAUGAGUGAGGAAGUAUGUCUGAAAGAUUAGUUUUGGCUCAUACUUUUAGUCUAGUCGUUGUCAUCUCUUACUUAAAUCUCAUAGAUAGAACUCUAAAUUUAAAAAUUAAAUAAAUUCAAAAAAUUAAGUGAGUGCUUUCAUCCUACAAAUGUGUGCAGAAGACUGAGCUGGGUAGAGCCAAAACCCACAGUUUUAAGUGGAAAAAAAAAUAACUUGCAAAGAUGAAAAUAAAAUUUUAAAAAUAAAUUUUAAGUGCUAACUAAUUUUUAGAUUACUUAGUGCAUUCCUAAACAUGAUAUCAAACAGUUCGCUGGCUAGCUAACCAGCUUUCAUUCAUAGUUUUUUGAUUGAUUUGUAAGAAAUGCAGAGAUUACUAGCUCUAGACACCUGGAGGCAGAAGCUCAAGCAGCUAGUCUUGUCUUUUCUUGAGCAACUGCAAAAUUAGCCACUGUCAGUCACUUUGCUAGUAUAGCAGAUGACAUUAGCUAAUCCGGUUAGCUAUCUUAAGGAGAAAAUCAAGAUGGGGUGGGGGGGGGGCAUGAUGACAUUGUGCUGCUCAGAGGUUGCAAUAUUUUGAAUUUUGGCACCAGUGCUUAGUCCUACCUGAAAAAAGAAAUAGGCCAUAGUGAAGAUAAACAGAAGGCAGCUGGACGGCACCUUAGAAUAGAUUUUAGUUUGUCACUUACUUAUCAAGGAUGCUCUGUCUCUUUUUUAGCAUGUGUUAUACUAAUAAAACGUGAAUCUUUAUCAGCAGCUGGAUACAUGUAUGACCUGGAAUUUGUUCUGGUGGCUACAUAACCUGAAGGAUUCAGGGAUGUGCAACAAGUGCUUGUCUUUGUUGAAGUACCUUUGAACAAAGAACUAAGCUCCUAGUUGUUCCACCAGUUUUGAUUCUCUGCACUCUAACCCCACAGUACAUGCUACAGGAAGAUAAGAUUAUGCAAGCACGAUUAUUUUUUUGAUUGCACUGUGUUCUCUGGUCAUCAGAAAAAUACACAACUACGUCAAAUCUGAAUUUCAUGAUCAUCUCAUAUUAUUUUUGACAAUUCAUCUCAGGACCAGACAAAUAUUCAUCUCACUGAACUUCUUAAAGUUUAGGUUUACUCAUGUUUUUCGUUAAAUGGAAACAUUUGACAAUGAAGGUCGGGAGAUGGACAAAGAGAAAAAGACUCGAUGGGAGAGACUUCAAUUCAGCCUCCAGAUAUCUCUCUGCAGUGUUGUCGGGAAAGCCUUGGCCACAGACCCAGAGCAGACCACUGAUGUCUCCCACAAACUAUCAGGAUGUUUUACAAGCUGGGUCGGGUUCUUUCUGACCAUGAUACAUGCCGUUCCCUCUCAGUCUCAGUCCAUAACAGGGCCUCAUGUCAAACUCCAUGCUAAAAUCUGUAAGUUUUAAGUUGUUUUGCUUUUUGGCAAAGACAGAUAUGUUGAUGAUUCAAAGAUCAUACUUUUUAAUCAGCAAGCCCCUCUGGUGAAACAAGCACAUCACUUGUUUAAACAAAAUGUCCUAUUUCAAAGUGUAAUUUAGUUCUACAAAGAGAAGAAGAUUAGGUUCUACAUAUGCAGUGCCAUUGGAACAAGUCUUAUGUGGUAUAUCCUGAAAACAGCAUCCCUUUAUACGUUUGCGUAUUUGCAAAUUAAUGCAAAGCAACAUUUUACUGUACCAGAUAUUGGUAAGCAGCUUGACCGUUAAAUUACAGAUUGUUCCAUUCUCAAUUUCAUUAAAACAUUUAAGGAUAAUUGUUCAUGUGCUAGGUCAUUUUGGAAACCUUGGUUUGAUGUAGCCAUUUACUGUACAUAUAGUUGCUAUGCCUCUCGGCAGUAUGUGAAGGAGAAACUGAGACUAUGAAUUGUUCUCUUUGCACUGGGUUUAAUGUCUUAGCUGUACAGAAAGAACACUACUUAUCAAAAGUUAAAUGUCCAUUAUUUUAAAUAUGUUUUUGUACAGAAAGGGCUGUGUUUAUUUUGUUGUUUUAAAGAUUGUUUUAUAGAUUUAUUUUCUUAAAGGAAUAGUUUGACAUUAUAGGAAAUACGUUUAUUCGCUAUCUUGCUGAGAGUUAUAUGAGAUUUUCAAAACCGCUAUCAUGUCUAUGUGUAUUGUAGGCUUCAGAGUUAGCUACAGAGUUUGCCAAGAAAUAGUUACACCAGGUAGCUCCCCGUAAGUUUGUGUACUUAACAAAUAAUGGUGAUAAAAGUGAAAUUUAGAGGUGAUGGAUGGCUGAUUUGAAACUUUGGACUGCUAAAGGCAAGCUGUUUCCCCUGCUCACAGUCUUUGUGCUAAGUCAGGCUAAUUGCCUCCCGGCUCCAGCUUCACUUAUCCAACCGAACUGACAGUGAUUAUGAUAUUCUCACCUCACUCUGAGCAAGAAAGGAAAUGCGUAUAUCCCAGAAGGUUGAACUAGACCUUUAAAGAUGAUUUAAAUAUAAAAGCAUUGGAGCAGUGAGUUUCCACUUUUUUAUGUUCCUCUUAAAUGUGUAUUAUAAACUUGCCUUCGAAAGGAAUUCUAAAGGUCUUUAAUGGGUUACAUAUUACACUUUGCUCUACCAGUGACACCACCAAACUUUCCCUCCCACACCACUGUUUUUUACCUAAAUGACUGGAAAUUAAAAUAAGAACUUGUGGUUUUGUUUGUGCUGAGAAAAUGAAAAAUCAACAGUUGUAGCCACUGUAGAGGUCUCUCUUUAUGUGUUUAUGUAGCAUUUAUCCUGUAAUAUCUAUGUAAACAGUGGGAGCAAAAAACAGAAAUCUCUCUUCAAGGAUCUAUCCUGCAUCUGUUCUGCAUUAGUCCUACAGACAAUACUUUUUUUUGUAUAUGAAACAGUAGAACAAAAUUGAGUAUUUUGUACAGUGAAACCAGUUAUAUUUACCACACCGUUCCUUGUGACCUCCAUUGGUUGAGAACAGAGCAACAGUAGAUUUUUCUUAACAAUUCCUCUAGAGGAAGAAGCCACAGAGAAGCAGCAGUUCAAGCAAAGUUACUUCUACAUCUGCAUUUGACAUUCUUUUCUGUUGACACCAAACAGAGUCUUGUUUCCAUUUUAAUUUACUGUGACACACAAAGAACAUCAGAGAGACAGGAAUUUUUUUAAAGUCGUGCAAUAACUCUGGGGCUUUUGGUAAUAAUUAUCUGCAGGAAAAAAACGAAACACCCAAGAUUUUGGGAUUAAAACAAAGGACAUUUUCUCAGCAGUCAUAUAACGACAAAUUAAAACCAGGAUUUUCCCAGAAGUGUCACUGUGAUACUUCUAAAUCUGUCUGACAGGGAUCAUUAUUAUAUUUUCUGUAGUACAUGGUUUUGUUUGUGUUUAUAUUUGAAAAAUGUGGGUUGGCUGUAAAUAGAUCUGUUCUGUUUGUUAAAAUAAUUUUGCAAAAUAAACAUUUCUAAGGCUGCA